ACAGACAGGUGGGAUGAGGUAAUGGGGGUGGGGGGCUGCCCUCAGAGCAGUAUAAAAAAGAUUUGAGUUCCCUGUUUUUUUAGUCGCAGCCAUGAGCAGCUCAGAUUAACCCUUGUAUUUGUGAAGCCUCAAUCUUUAAAAGAUUGUACGUUUCUCUGCAGUUCUUGGUGUUGAACUGCUUUCUGUUUCGUAUUAGAUGAGGUUUUAUGUCUGAAUUAAACGCACGCCAAUCUAUCUGAUGAGUGUUGGCAACAGAAAAUAACUCUAAAGCCAGCUCUGCGGCUGUAAACACAGGUUCAGCUGGGUUGUUAGGUCGUGUACUGGCGUGAACUCACUAACUAUUCGACUCGUCUGUCCGGAUUGGCUACGGAAGCGCUUCCCUCUAUACACAGAAACUGUGAGAGAGCGAACUGUAAGGGUGCGUAAAUAAAACCGGCCAUGUCUGCGUUCAUUCUGUUUGUUGGAGUCUCUGUAGCUGUUUUCAUUUUAAUCCGGAAAAUUGUGUCCGGGGCGAGAUGUAAAAGUAAGGCGAAACUUAGCGGCAAAACGGUGAUCGUUACAGGCAGUAACACUGGCAUCGGGAGAGAAACGGCGGUGGAUCUGGCCAGAAGAGGAGCUCGAGUCAUCCUCGCGUGCCGGAGUAAAGGCCGGGGUGAAGCGGCCGUGGCUAUCGUGAAAAGAGAGAGCCAGAGCAGUAACGUGGUGUUCAUGCAGCUGGACCUGGCCAGUCUGAAGUCCGUUCGCGCCUUCGCUGAGACUUUCCUCAAAACCGAGAAGAGACUCGACAUCCUCAUCAACAAUGCAGGCAUUUAUAUGCAGGGCACUACAGAGGAUGGCUUGGGCUUAAUGUUUGGAGUCAAUCACAUUGGUCACUUCCUCCUGACCAAUCUGUUGCUGGACAGGCUGAAAGAGUGUGGUCCGAGUAGAAUAGUUACAGUGUCCUCAACACUUCAUCAGAGUGGAAACCUUGAUUUUAGCCUCCUUAGUGCACAUAAGGAGUUUGGAACAGGCGAUUCCACCUUGGACGUUUUCAGGAUAUACAGCCACAGCAAGCUGUGCAAUGUGCUGUUCACGCAUGAGCUUGCAAAGAGGCUGCAAGGAACCAGUGUCACCUGCUACAGCCUCCAUCCAGGGGUUAUCAAUUCUGAGCUGGCCCGCUCUACCCACCCAGUGUUGAGGAAAAUCCUGAAACCCAUUGGAGCCGUGUUCUUUAAGGAUGUGGAGGCAGGGGCUCAGACCACUAUACACUGUGCUGUGCAGGAGGGCAUUGAAGGCCUGAGUGGUCAGUAUUUCUCCAACUGUGCAGUGAAGAAAGUCCAGCCCAAAGCUCGGGACGAUGCAGUGGCCAAGAAGCUUUGGGAAGUGAGUGAGAAGCUGUGCGGCCUCUCCUGAGUUAACCUUUAGCCCUUAUAGCUGACCAGCAUAGCCUUAGAUUUCAGAGGCGUUUACACAUUUGUACAUCAAAACAGCCUGUGUUUGAACGUAGACUGUAGCAUGUAAGAUGUUUUUGUUAUGAUUAUCGUAUUUUUUUGGGAUGUUCUGAAUUAGUAAAAUGAAGGCCAUGUUUGACCUCAUACUUUGCUUAUAAUAAAACUACAAAGAAAGAUCA